AUGGCAAAAAAAGAUAUAAAAAAGAAAAAAAAAUCCAAAGGACAAUUCAAAGAUGAUAGAUUUGAUAAUGUUGCAUCUGAUCCAAAAUUCAAUGAAAUGAAAGUUUCUGAAAAAAAGUUAAAGGUUGAUUCUAGGUUUAAGUCAAUGUUUACUGAUAAGAAGUUUUCAACGAAAGCAGUUUCAGAUAAGUAUGGAAGGAAAUUGGAUUUUUUAGAAAAUAGUGAUGUAUCAAAGUAUUAUGAUUUAAGUGAUGAAGAAGAUGAACUUCCUCAAAUCAAGUUAGAUUUAGCACGUGGAGAUGGUAAUUUGUCAUCUUCAGAUUCUGAAGAAAGUGAUAUUGAGGAAGUUGUAUUGGAGGGAGACGAAGAUAAUUUUGAUUGGCAGGAUUAUGAUAAAGAUGCUAAGAUGGUUGAAUGGGAAAGUAAUAGAUUAGCUAUUUGUAAUAUGGAUUGGGAUCGUGUAAAAAUUGAUGAUCUUUAUAUUGUUUUAAAUUCUUUUAAGCCAUUAAACGGAAAAUUACUUCAAGUUGAAAUAUAUUUAUCGGAUAUUGGGGAUAAAAAAAUUAAGGAAGAAGAAGAAAAAGGACCACAAAUUGAAAGAAUUCAAAAAAACACAAAAUUAAGUCAAAAUGAAAUUAAUGAAGCUAUUAGAGAAUAUCAAAUUGGUCGUUUAAAAUAUUAUUAUGCUGUUGUUACUUGUGAUAGUAUUUCAACAGCAUCUACAAUUUAUGAAGCAUGUGAUGGAAUUGAAUUUGAAAACACUGGUUGUAGAAUGGACCUUCGAUUUAUUCCUGAUGAUAUGAUGUUUGAUGAAUUACGAUUGAAAGAAAAAGUAACUUGUGAUGAGAUGGCAAACAUAAAGUAUAAACCAAAAAUUUUUGAAACAAAGGCUUUAUCUUCAAGUACAGCAAAAUUAACUUGGGAUGAAGUUGAUCCAGAUCGUGUUAAAGCCAUGCAUGAUGCUUUUAGGGAAAAUGCUAAUUUAGAUGCUUUUAGUAAUUUGAUUGCCCCACCAAGUGAUGAAAGUGAUAAUGAUAAUGUUGAAUUCGGUAAAUUUACUAAUAAUUAUCAAACAAAUGAUAAGGAAGAUAAAAUUAAAGAAGAAAAAGAGGAAAUUAAAGAAAAAUCUAAAGGAAUUAAGAAGAAUAAAAAGAAUAAAGGAAACAAGAUUGCAGAACUUGAACUUGAUGUUAAUGAUGAAAGAUUUUCAGCAUUAUAUACUAAUAGCGCUUUUGCUAUUGAUAAAACUUCAUCAUUAUAUAAAGGGCAAGUUGCUGGUGAUAUACAAGUUGAGAUGAAAAUUAAAAAAAGACAAUUUAAAGAACACCAAGAUGAUGAAGAUAAUUUAAUAAAAAAUUUAAAAGAAAAAUCUGCCAAAAUAAUUGAAAUGAAAAAAAGAAAAGUUUAA